AUGGACAAUAAUACCCCGCUCCUCGUUUCGAACCACAGCGGCCAUGAACAAGAAGAGAAAGUGGGCAUUGUUAAGGAGUUCGGGAUCGAGUCUAAGAAGCUAUGGAAGAUUGCGGGCCCGGCUAUCUUCACCGCCAUAUGCCAGUACUCCUUGGGUGCUCUCACUCAGGUCUAUUCCGGGUUCGUCGGGGAUGUCGAGCUAGCCGCCGUCUCCGUCGAGAACUCCGUCGUCGCCGGCCUCGCUUUCGGUGUCAUGCUGGGAAUGGGGAGUGCACUGGAGACGCUGUGUGGGCAAGCAUACGGUGCGGGGCAGAUCAGGAUGUUGGGGAUAUACAUGCAGAGAUCGUGGAUCAUUUUGCUGGUAACAGCUUGUGUUUUGGUGCCGGUCUAUGUUUGGUCGCCUCCCAUUCUUGAGCUGGUUGGAGAGACCGAUGAGAUCUCAGAGGCCGCCGGAAAGUUUGCUCUGUAUAUGCUUCCACAAUUGUUUGCCUACGCACUCAAUUUUCCCAUACAAAAGUUUUUGCAAGCACAGAGGAAGGUCUUUGUCAUGGCCUGGAUAUCAGCUGCAGUGCUAGUAAUACAUGCAUUAUUCAGCUGGUUGUUCAUGUUGAAGUUUGGGUGGGGCUUAAUUGGGGCAGCAGUCAUGCUCAACACAUCAUGGUGGCUAAUUGUUAUUGCCCAAUUGUUGUACAUCUUCAUCACCAAGUCAGAUGGUGCUUGGAGUGGAUUCUCUUGGCUUGCAUUUGCAGACUUAUUUGGCUUUGUUAAGCUCUCCUUAGCUUCUGCUGUCAUGUUAUGCUUGGAAUUCUGGUACUUGAUGGUGCUAGUGGUUAUAACAGGCCGUUUGAAGAACCCUUUGAUCCCAGUUGAUGCCAUCUCUAUUUGCAUGAACAUAAAUGGAUGGGAUGCAAUGAUUGCGAUUGGGUUUAAUGCUGCAAUAAGUGUGAGAGUAUCAAAUGAACUUGGAGCUGGAAAUGCCAAGAUAGCGAAAUUUGCUGUGGUAGUGGUUUCCGUCACUUCAGUGGCUAUAGGAGUGGUUUGCUUGGCUGUAGUUUUAACAACAAGAGAUUAUUUCCCGUACCUUUUCACCGACAGUGAAGCCGUUGCUAAGGAAACUACUAAACUUGCACUCUUGCUUGGAGUCACAGUCCUUCUCAACAGCCUUCAACCAGUCUUAUCUGGUGUCGCUGUUGGAGCAGGAUGGCAAGCUCUUGUUGCAUACAUCAACAUUGGGUGUUACUAUAUCGUCGGAUUGCCAGCUGGAAUACUUCUUGGAUUCACAUUUGAUUUUGGAGUGGAGGGUAUUUGGUCAGGGAUGAUUGGUGGCAUUGCCUUGCAAACCCUAAUCUUGAUCGUGGUCGUUUCCUUAACUAACUGGAACAGAGAAGCUGAUGAAGCAGAGAGCCGUGUCCAGAAGUGGGGAGGAGGAGUAGCUGCACAGGAUUAA